AUGGAGAAGCUGUCAGAAAAAGACAAGGAACUCAUCCGUGGAAGUUGGGAGAGCCUUGGGAAGAACAAAGUCCCACAUGGAAUAAUUAUGUUCACCAGGUUGUUUGAACUGGAUCCAGCAUUGCUAAACCUCUUCAGCUACAGUGCAAACUGUAGCAUCACAUCUGAUUGUCUGUCCAGCCCAGAGUUCUUGGAGCAUGUCACUAAGGUGAUGUUGGUGAUUGAUGCUGCUGUCAGUCAUCUUGAUGACCUCCACUCCUUGGAGGACUUUCUUCUGAAUCUGGGGCGGAAGCACCAGGCUGUUGGGGUCAGCACACAAUCUUUUGCAGUGGUUGGAGAGUCUCUCCUCUAUAUGCUUCAGUGCAGUCUGGGUGCAAACUACACAGCUCCACUGCGGCAGGCAUGGCUGAACCUGUACAGCGUUGUAGUCGCAGCCAUGACGAGGGGGUGGUCCAAGAAUGGAGAACAUAAGGACAACUGA